GUUAAAUUAAAUUCCCAUACUGUAACUUUAGUAUUCUGCAACUGCCUUGUAUAAUGGAGUAAUGUUUGUUUUUUUAAUUGGUUCCUUGUAUUGUGAAUAUUUGUUGUUAGUCUGACAUUAAUCUGUCACAAAGAAAUGUUUGAUAUCAUAGAUGCUAUGCUGUAUAUAUUUUUUAAAUAAGGGUUACUAUCUAGAGCUACUAAUCACAACUUUGAAUAUAUUAACUUUUAUGACUGGAAUUAAAGUAGCCUACAGUGUAUUUUACAACGAGCUUCAUGAAUGAUUCAUGAUUAACCAUUGGUAUGUCUGUGAACAUGCUUCAGCCUUGACUGGAGAGACACCGAGACAGAGAGAGAGCUUGGGAGAAAGAGGGAGGGAGGGAGAUUGAGACUAGUUUGUCUUCCUCCUAAACAGCCAGCAGCUCUCCACGUUCCCUCUCCACCAUACGCCUCUGGGCCUUUCACUUUCUUUCUGCUCCCCCUUUUCUCUCUCUCUCCCUCGAUGGUCUCAUAUAUUUGGACUCAGGUUUAGACUUGUGUUCCUUAGGCUACAGAGGAGGUAGCUACGACACACUGAAAUACUGUGCUACAAACUACAUGCCUGCUCUUGCUCUCUUGCGCUUUCUCUAUCUCUCUCUCUCUCUCUUUCUAUCUCUCUCUCACGCAUUAUCUCAUGCUUUCUCUCCCACCCUCUUUCAAUUCUAUCUUCUUUCUGUCACUUCUGCGUUCGCCCUCUCUCUGUCUAGUACCUACCUUUUCUCUCGUACAACCUUUGCCUUCAUGUAUUGGUCUGUCUCUGGGUUCGUCCUGCUCCAUGUAAGCAGCUGAUAUUUCGCUUUGUCUGGAGCUUGUGACAGGAGGUGAAGGAGGAGGAAAACCAGGGACAGUUUCAGGGGAUGUGAGAUCUUUGCUGCUCUUGAGUAAGAGAAGAGAAGCUCGCUCUCCGUAUUUCACAACCAUUCCAGGAAGUGUCAACAACUGCCAUUGCAGUUGAGACAGACUGUUACCUCAAGUCAGUAACUCCUUCAUACAGUUGCUGGGAAGACCGUGGGUGAAGUAAUCCCCCCAACCAAAUCACAAGUACUUUUGACUAAUCAUGAGUGAUCCAGCAGAAUGUCCCACCCCAACCGCAGAGGAUGACCAAUCAGCUACCUGCAUUGCUGUGAGUCCUCCCAGGAGACCCAUCCGUCUCCAGGAGAGGCGUGGCUCCAAUGUCUCUUUGGUUUUGGAUGUGAGCAGCCUGGCAGCGGUGGAGCCACUGUGUUCCAUCUCCACCCCCAGAGAGACCCUCCUGCGCCUGCUCCAAACGUCCUCCAGACCCCUCACACACGCCCCGCUGCAGCAUGCUGCCACCGUCACACACACACUCAAUACAGAGUACCAGAAAAUUCCUCCCAACUUUGUCAACCCUACAGAGUUGGACAUCCCAGGGCGAGCGCUAAAGGACAGAUACAAAAGCAUUCUGCCCAAUCCUCAGACUCGUGUGACUCUGCGUAGCCAUUCAGCAGAGGAGAAAGAAAACGAGGGGUACAUCAAUGCUAACUACAUCAAGGGUUAUGAAGGCAUUCACAGAGCCUACAUUGCUACACAGGGCCCCAUGGCCAAUACAGUUCAGGACUUCUGGGAGAUGGUGUGGCAGGAGCAAUCGGCCAUCAUCGUCAUGAUCACCAAGCUGAAGGAGAAGAUUGAGAAGUGUGAGCUGUACUGGCCUCACCAGAAGGGCUCCUAUGGCAGGUUUGACCUCUGUGUGACUUCUGUGACGGAGUGUGUUGGCUGCACUGUUAGAGAAUUAACACUCCAGCUGGGAACAGAGUCUCGUGAGGUAAGGCAUUACUGGUACUCUACCUGGCCUGACCACCAGACCCCAGAAUGUUCAGCCCCUCUGCUGCGAUUGGUGGAGGAGGUGGAGGACUACAAAAAGUCCCUCCCACACAACCCUGGACCAAUCAUCGUCCACUGCAGUGCAGGCAUUGGUAGAACGGGCUGCUUCAUCGCCAGCUGUAUCGGUUGUCAACAGCUUCGAUACUCCAGGCAGGUGGACAUACUAAGAAUAGUAUGCAGUCUACGUCUGGACAGGGGUGGUAUGGUCCAGACUACUGAGCAGUACCAGUUCCUGUAUGCCACCCUGGCUCAGUACAGCACACAGCUGGAGAUGCAACCCGCCAGACCGCAGGAGGACCAAGGGAACCCAGAGAACCAGGGGAACAAGGAGAGCCAGGGGAACAAGGAGAGCCAGGGGAACAAGGAGAACAAGGAGAAGAGAGAGAGCAGAGGCAAGGGAGAAGACCGGGAGAACCAGGUCAUCAGGUCCAGUGCUGACAGCACAGCUUCAGAAACAGUAUGACAUCAUCGCACCACGCAGAUGUCUGGAGCACUGCUUAGCGUGCGGCACAGUGAUCAGCUAUUCUACUGCCCAAGUCCCACUUCUCAUAGGGUUAUCUGUUAUCAAUGUUCUUUUCUGAGGCAUACAUGAGGACAUUGGGACAAAUGUAUAUUUAUCCUCAUGGAUAUGUUAAUUAAAUUGUAAUUUGUGACAUUA